AUGAGGGCGUGGGUGUUGGCAAAUGUGAGGAUAUUAGUAAGGUCAGGGCUGAAGAUGAGGUGCGAGGGUGUGGGUGAGGUCAAGGCAGUGGUUAAGGUCGAGGGAAUGGAAGAGGUCGAGGCAGUGAGUGAGGUCGAGGCAGGAGGAGGCAGCAGUAGACGCAGCAAACCACGGCGGGUGGCGCAGAUGGAGGAAGACCUGCGAGCGGCCCUUAUUCUCUCCUUCUGCAGCCCUUCUACUGUCCCUUAUAAGGUGUUGGAGGAAGGUCUGAGGGCAGUAGAGGCAUCCUUGAGGCAGCUGGUGGGUAUAGUGAGGCCCUACAACACUCUCCUCACACUCUUGCAUCAUGGAUACACUCACCACAUCCACCAUCUCCAAACACGCCUUGCAAAUCUUCAGACGCUGCUGGAGAAUAACAUGUCGUACGGAUGUCAGCAUAAACCAGAAGUGACCCGCCUCAGCACUCUUAACUCUGACCUCCACUACCGUCUUCAAGAUUCUGACCUCCUGCUCGGUGACCUCAAGAACCAGGUUUUCAAGCUUGAGGAACUGCUUGGAGAAGAGAGACGUCGAGGCCAGUGUCUGGAGGACGAGACACGGAGACUGGAGGGUCAGCUGCUGGAGGUGAUCACCGCCGUUGCUGUCUCAUGUUUAGUUAAGGCGAGGGUGGAGGCCGGAGCACUGAGAAGGAAGGUCGCCAGCCUCCUGGGUGACCGACCAUACUGGGACCCACAGCUCCUCAAGGUCGCUCUCUGCAAGUGCAGGGAGGAGCUGAGUGAGAAGACUCGCCUUCUGCAUGAUAUUGAACGCCAAUAUCGCGACGUUGUACCUAGGGCUGACUACGAUCGUCAGCAGCGCCGCCUUACCACCCUCAGCAACUCCCACAAGCAGCUCUCUCACGCCCACGACAUGCUCAAGGAUCAGCAUGACGCCCUCCUUGGUGUGUACGAAGCAGCUGUGACAGAGAGGGAUGAGUUGAGUGCGGAGAACCACACGCUGCGCCGCGCCGCCACGCCAAGACCAGAUUGGAACAGGGCAGCUGAGUACGUGGAGGGAGGCAUUAGUCGCUGGAGGGAGCUGUCUUGUGGUAAAAACAGCGACCAGUUGGUCGACGUUCUCAUCUCCGAGCUGACAGGCUCUCAGCUCUCCACCUCCAGUGAGUUCAUUGAUGCAAGGUGGGGCGUGGAGGAGAGUGUGCCAGUCUACCUGAGGUAUGAGGGCAGCGUCAGGAACCGACGUCUGGGCAAGCGAGACGUCUCGCUCGUCAUCGACGACAUCUGGAGAGAGAAGAGGAGGCUGGCAAACAAAGACCCCAUGGACGAGUUUGUCGAUAGCUACUUCAAAGAGAGGUACCACAUGGAGGAGGUGAGAGCAGAGUGGUGUUACUCCUUAGCUGACGCCUGCCAACGACUUGCUUACGAGGAGCAGAUCGUCCUCAAUGCGGGCAUCCUGUGUGGUCAGUCCUAUGAGCAGUGUAUCCACCACCAGGAUAGUGUCAAUACCUCUUACGACGUCCUCAAAAGCCGGACUCCCGAAGAUAAGUCAGGAGUGGUGAGCCGAGGGGAGGUGGAGGCGGCCAUAAGACAAGUUUUUCCCCUCAAAUCAGAGAGUAAUGUCAAGGUUCUCAUGGAGACAGCGGCUCGAGCUUCCUCACUCAAGGACCCCACGGUCAUCAAGUAUCAUAACCUUUUCUCCCAGGGCAGCACGGGAACCAGGACGGGGCUCGUCACCGAGGUGACACAACAAGCGAGGGACGAGCAGGACGCCUACAUCCAGGAGGUACUUGAUGAACUGGGGUAUGCUGCUAUGGACGUCUCCGUUAACGAGUUGAGUCGCGCCUUCACCAUUGUCGACCCCAGGAUAGAGCAACGGGAGUUGGAUGCAUACCUGGAAUGGAUCUUCAAUACCACUAAGAACCAACUUAAAUCUACCGCCCCUAUACCUCUUCCCUUGCUGGCAGCCAGACUCCAGACUGGUCAUAUUGUCAGGGUAGGGGCCAGGUCCUGAGCUGUGAAUCAGUGUGGGGGGACCAAGACUUCUGCUGUGGACCAGUGUGGGGGGACCUGGACCUGAGCUGUAGACCGGUAUGGGACACAGUUCCUGAGCUGUGGACCAGUUAGGGGGGACCAGGACCUGAGCUGUGGACCACUGUGGGGGGACCAGGUCCUGAGCUGUGGACCACUGUGGGGGACCAGGU